AAACGAAUAAAUCACUGAAGCAUUCAGUUGUGUUGUAAUGGGGAAGAAGGUGUGACUCUGGCUUUAUAAAUAGCAUGACACUUUACAACUAAGCAUGAUAUUUUUGAAAGAGCUGAUAUUCCACUUGAAACACAAUUGGAUAAAUCUACAGGCUGUGCAAGGUUACAAGAAAAGCUGAGAUCAUGAAAACCAGAAGUAUUGCACUGCUUUUUGUGUUGUUUCUGGUUUCUCAAUUGCUACUAGUUGAUGGUGAAGCACAGAAGGAAAGAAAUAAAGAAAGACAAAAUGGUGGUGAAGCACAGAAGGAAAGAAAUAAAGAAAGGCAAAAUGGUGGAAAAGGUAGAAAAAAACAAACAGGAUCUACUCAAGAAAAUGAGAGAGGACAGAAAUCCAAAGGUGGUAAAUCUUCCCUUAAAGGCAAGUUUACCACCAAAGAUAAUUCUGAGUGCACCUGGGCUGUGACAGAAGUAGACACUGUUACUCUAAAAGUAGAAUGCAAGAAAGGUGAAAGCAACUUCCGGUGUGAUUUUUCAGGAAAUCCUUCCACCUGUCCUCAAUUUGCAGCAAACCAAAAACCAUACUGGAAACAAAUCUCACGAUCCCUAAAGAAACAGAAGAAUAUCUGUCAAGACCCAAAAGGUAUCCUCAAAUCUAAAGUAUGCAAGAAAGGACCACAAAGUGCCCAUCUCACCUUGACCAGCUCAAGCCUGGUAACACUUCAAGACUCCAUAAAUGAUAAGACUACUCACCAAGGAAAAGCGAUCACACAAACUUCAGCAUCUGCCACUACACCUGAAAAUCAGCCAGGGAAAGAUUCCAGUGACUGUGUUGAAGAUAUAGAUUACAUUAAUCAACAAAAGGUGGCUGAAGAAUAUUGUUCAGAAACAUGGAUAUCUUGGUGCAACUUUUUUAUCUCAAUGAUACAGGAUAAAAAAUGCUGAUGAGAUAAUAGAAUUCUAAAAUUCUUAGUUACUGAAAGUUUGGUCCUAUCUACUUAUUCCAUUCCACCAUUCUAGAUUUGCUUCUGAUGUUAUAUAGUGUAUAUAAGAGCAAAAGAGUACAAUGGUGCAUUUGAAGAUCUGUUCUAACUUGUAUUUCAUCCAAUGCUCUGUAAUUGGUGUAGCUGAAGAUGUUGUAGAUCUUAUUUGCAUAUAGAUUGUUAUACACAUAUUACCAAAGGAUGUUACAUACUCUGUAAAGAUGUAUAUAAAGCAAAGGCUUCUCAUUGUUUCUCUUUGAGCUAUGUUAGCCAAAGUGACGAUUUCAGUGCUAUGCACUUUUUCAUAGUGUACAGUACUUUUAACUUCAAAAUUGCUGAGGGUAAUAAACUUCAAAAUAGAUUAAAAUGAUUUUUGUUUUGUUUUUCUGUGUGUAGUAAAACAGAUAUUUCUUGCACUUUAGAAAUUUUCAGAGGCCAUAUACUUCAUACUAACAAGACACUAGGGUGUCUACAUAGCAGUUUUGAUAAUACUUUAGCAGCUUUGCAAAAUUGUACUUGUACUCACCAUCGGGGUAUGUAUUUUUUUUUAAAUGGUCAAGCAAGAUAAUGUUUGUUCAUUAUCCUCAAAGUGAAGAGAAACAAAAAGAUUUUGUGCUAGGACUGAUACAUUUUCAUGACAAUUUUGCAAAGCUUUGCAUUGUACUUUCAUCCAAGGAUCACAGACACAGAGCACAUGUAAAUAUUAUCUCCAUUUUUGAUCGGUAAACUGAGGUUAAGUGACUUCUCCAAGCCCACACAGUAAAUU